AUGAUGUCGCUGCUGAACAGGUUCAAAACAGCGUUCGGCUUGUUGCUCUGGAUCGUGUGCUGGGCCGACCUCUUCCACACAUUUCACGAGCUGCAGCAGGGUCAGUCCCCGCCCCCCAUCUAUUUCAUCUCCCCGCUGGUGCUCGGCAUCACCAUGCUGCUGGCCACGUUCCUGAUCCAGUACGAGAGGUUACACGGGGUCCAGUCCUCAGGGGUCCUCUUCAUCUUCUGGUUCCUGUCUGUGCUGUGCGCCAUCGUGCCUUUCCGCUCCAAGAUCCUGAAGGCCUCCAGCCAGGACGGCAUUCCGGACAAGCUGCGCUUCACCUCCUUCUACUUCUACUUCGGCCUGAUCCUCCUGGAGCUCAUCCUCUGCUGCUUGAAUGAGAAACCUCCUCUCUUCUCCAAUGUGGUCACUGACCCUAAUCCGUGCCCUGAAACUACAGCAGGCUUUCUGUCCACCGUGACCUUCUGGUGGUUCACAAGUUUGGCCAUCAAAGGUUACAAAAUGCCCCUUGAAGCCAAAGACUUGUGGUCACUGAACCAGCGCGACAGCUCCAAGACGAUAGUGCCGAAACUCCUGAAGGAGUGGGAGAAGGAGCAAACCAAGGUCAAGAGUGAACAGAAUCUGACCACCAAGGCGACGUACGCUAAGCAGCAACCAUCGGCCACAAACCACGUGUCAGGAGGAGCCGCGGAGGGCAAAACCAGCCCGGAGGAAGUGGAGGUGCUGCUGUCCAAUCAGAAAGCGGCUCCCCACCAGCCGUCCUUCCUCCGCGCCCUCAUCAAAGCGUUCGGCCCCUACUUUUUGAUUGGCUCAGGCUUUAAGCUCCUGCAGGAUUCCAUUACCUUCGUCAACCCCCAGCUGCUCAGGAUGUUGAUCUCCUUCACCAAACAGGAGGACGCCCCUGUUUGGUGGGGUUACACGCUGGCCUUCCUCAUGUUCUUCACAGCCAUCCUGCAGACUCUCAUCCUCCACCGGCACUUUCAGUACUGCUUCGUCACAGGAAUGAACGUCCGGACCGCUCUCAUAGGAGCCAUCUACAGGAAGUCUCUGGUUAUAACGAAUGCUGCCAAGCGUUCCUCUACGGUGGGAGAAAUCGUGAAUCUGAUGUCUGUCGACGCACAGAGGUUCAUGGAUCUCACCACCUUCCUCAACAUGCUCUGGUCUGCUCCUCUGCAAAUUAUGCUGGCACUCUACUUCCUCUGGCAGAACCUUGGUCCAUCUGUGCUGGCUGGUGUGGCUGUCAUGAUUAUGCUCAUCCCCUUUAAUGCCGUCAUCGCCAUGAAGACGCGCGCCUAUCAGGUGGAGCAGAUGCAGCACAAGGACGCUCGUAUCAAGCUGAUGAAUGAGAUCCUUAACGGCAUCAAAGUCCUCAAGCUGUAUGCCUGGGAGAACUCCUUCAAAGAAAAGGUCCUGGAUAUCCGGCAGAAGGAGCUCAUCGUCCUCAGAAAAACAGCCUACCUGGGAGCACUCUCCACCAUGGCCUGGACCAGUGCCCCUUUCCUUGUUGCCUUGACAACGUUUGCCGUGUUCGUCACUGUGGAUGAGAAGAACGUUCUGGACGCAGAGAAGGCCUUUGUGUCGCUCUCCCUUUUCAACAUCCUUCGAUUUCCUCUGAACAUGCUCCCCCAAGUGAUCAGCAGUCUCGUACAGGCGAGCGUGUCGCUGAAGCGCAUCCAAAAUUUCCUGAGUCACGAUGAGUUGGACCCAGAUUCCGUGGACAGAAAGACCAGCUCAGAGCUCGCCGUCUCGGUAGUCAACGGGAAAUUCACAUGGGCCAAAGAAGAUGAACCUGUUCUGGACAACAUCAACGUGAUGGUGCCCCAGGGCUCCCUGGUAGCAGUGGUGGGUCACGUUGGCUGUGGGAAGUCCUCGCUGAUCUCUGCGCUGCUGGGCGACAUGGAGAAAGUGGAAGGCGAAGUUUCUGUUCGGGGGUCGGUGGCUUACGUUCCCCAGCAGGCGUGGAUACAAAAUGCCACCCUGCGGGACAACAUCCUGUUUGGGAAGAGCUUCAACGAGUCCAAAUACCGUCGUGUUCUGGAUGCCUGCGCCUUGACGCCAGAUCUGGAAGUGCUGCCCGGAGGAGACAUGACAGAGAUCGGAGAAAAGGGCAUCAACCUCUCCGGCGGUCAGAGGCAGAGGGUCAGCCUGGCUCGAGCUCUGUACAGCGACACUGAGGUCUACCUCCUGGACGACCCGCUGUCCGCCGUGGACGCCCACGUGUCCAAGCACAUCUUCGACAACCUCAUCGGCCCUGAGGGCAUGUUGAAAGGCAAGACUCGCAUCCUGGUGACGCACGGCAUCAGCUUCCUGCCGCAGGUGGACAACAUUGUGGUGAUGGUGGAAGGCCGGGUGUCGGAGAUGGGCUCCCACCAGGAGCUGCUCAAGCAGAACGGGGCCUUCGCGGAGUUUCUCAGGAACUACGCUCUGGAAGACAUCGUGGAGGAGGACGAGGCCACCGAUGAGUUAAUAGACGACGAGUUGUUCCCCGACGACGUCCUUAGCAACCACCACACGGACAUGGUGGACAACGAACCUACGGUUAAUGAGGCAAAGAAAAGUUUUAUGAGACAGAUCAGCAUCCUGUCAGGAGACAGCGAGAACUUCCGGUGCCGCUCAGUCAGGAGACAGAGCCAGAAGAAGCACCAAGAGGCUCAGGAGAAGAAGAAACCCCAGGAGGUCCAGAAACUCAUCCAGGCAGAGACGGCAGAAACGGGCCGGGUAAAAUCCAAAGUGUUCCUGGAGUACGCGAAGGCAGUGGGACUAGUGCUGUCGGUCAUCAUUUGCUUGCUCUAUGGCUGCCAGAGCGCCGCCGCCAUCGGCGCCAACAUCUGGCUCAGCCAGUGGACCAGUGACUCGUUGACGAAUCAGACCAAGGAAAACGUUAACAUGAGGGUGGGGGUGUACGCAGCACUGGGCAUUACACAAGGUGUGCUCAUUUUGGUUAACUGCCUCUUGUGCCGGGCCUACUGUAUGCUGCGGGCGGCCAAGCUCACACACCGCAACAUGCUGCAGGGGGUCCUGCGAGCCCCGCAGGCCUUCUUCGAGAGCACCCCGACUGGGCGGUUACUGAACCGCUUCAGCAAAGACGUGGAUGCUAUAGACUCCCACAUCCCCGAUAAUAUUGACAUAUGGAUGCGCACUUUCUGGUACACACUGAAUGUGCUGCUCAUAUGCUCUGCCCUCACCCCAAUGUUCCUCAUAGUCAUAGCCCCGUUAAUGGUGUUCUAUUGGUGGGUUCAGAGAUUUUACGUUGCGACGUCACGGCAGCUUAAGCGCCUGGAAUCGGUCAGCCGCUCUCCCAUAUACUCCCAUUUCUCUGAGACCAUCACCGGCUCCAGCGUAAUCCGAGCCUACGGCAGACACACUGCCUUUGUCCUGAUGAGCGAUAUGAAGGUGGACGAGAACCAAAAGAGUUACUACCCUGGUAUCGUGUCCAACAGGUGGCUGGGAGUUCGUAUCGAGUUCAUCGGGAACUGCAUCGUGUUGUUUGCCGCUCUCUUCGCUGUGCUGGGAAAGGCAACCCUGAGCCCUGGCCUCGUGGGUCUGUCCGUGUCAUACGCGCUCCAGGUGACCAUGUCUCUGAACUGGAUGGUGCGGAUGACUUCCGACCUGGAGAACAACAUAGUAGCGGUGGAGAGAGUGAAAGAAUACUCCGAAACCAAGACCGAGGCCCCAUGGGAGGUGGAGGAGAAGAAGCCCCCUCCGGAGUGGCCCACGCAGGGCAACGUGGAGUUCAACGAGUACAGUGUUCGGUACCGCGAGGGUCUGGACCUCGUCCUGAGGAACAUCACGCUCAGCGUUAAGGGAGGAGAGAAGAUCGGCAUCGUGGGUCGCACCGGAGCUGGGAAGUCCUCCAUGACGCUCUGCCUCUUCCGACUGCUGGAAGCCGCUGGAGGGGAGAUCACCAUUGACGGCGUGAAGAUAUCGGAGAUCGGCCUGCAUGACUUGAGGUCCAAACUCACCAUCAUUCCUCAGGAACCCGUGCUCUUCUCGGGGACUCUGCGGAUGAACCUGGAUCCGUUUGAGAAGUACAGCGACGACGACGUGUGGAAAGCCCUGGAGCACUCGCACCUCCACAAGUUCGUCAGCAACCAGCCGGCAAAGCUGGAGCUGGAGUGUUCGGAGGGAGGAGAGAACCUCAGCGUGGGCCAGAGGCAGCUGGUGUGUCUAGCUCGAGCUCUGCUGAGGAAAACCAGGAUCCUCGUCCUGGACGAAGCGACGGCGGCCAUCGAUCUGGAGACGGACGACCUCAUCCAGUCCACCAUCCGCACUCAGUUCGAAGACUGCACCGUCUUCACCAUCGCACACAGACUGAACACUAUUAUGGACUACACAAGAGUGCUGGUGUUGGACAAGGGACAGAUAGCAGAGUUUGAUACGCCCACAAACCUCAUAUCAAAGAGAGGAAUCUUCUACGGCAUGGCUAAAGACGCAGGACUGGCACAGUAG